CUGUGGAAAGAAGACAGACGCUUGGCUGUGUUGGGUCAGCUGAUGUCAUACAGAAGCAUUUCAGUUUGCAUUUGAUCGUAUCUCUGGCUGAAGCCAUGGGGCUUGUUCUACGUGUGAUGCUGCUAUGGCUGCAGCUUAUUGGAGCGCUUCAGACAAGCAUUGAAUCUUCCUAUCAGGACUCUGGGCCUAUAAUUUGGGACAUGAGCUACCAGUCCCAGGGUCUCAACUACCAACACCAGGUCCCGGGCCACCCGUCCCAGAGUCUCAACUACCAACGCCAGGCCCCGGGCCACCCGUCCCAGACUCAGCCCCAGGCCCCGGGCCACCCGUCCCAGACUCAGCCCCAGGCCCCGGGCCACCCGUCCCAGUCUCAGCCCCAGGCCCCGGGCCACCCGUCCAAGUCUCAGCCCCAGGCCCCGGGCCACCUGUCCAAGCUUCAGCCACAGGUCCUAGGCUACCAGUCCCAGGGUCUCAACUACCAACACCAGGCCCUGGGCCACCCGUCCAAGACUCAGCCCCAGGCCCCACCGCCCCACCCCCUGGUCCAGGUCUACCCGCCCCACCCCCUGGUCCAGGUCUACCCGCCCAAGACUCAGCCCCAGGUCUACCCGCCCAAGACUCAGCCCCAGGCCCCGGGCUUGCCGUCCAAUCCUCGGCCCCAGGUCCCGCAGCCCCAGUUCCAAGGCUUCCCGUCCAAGACGCGGCCCCAGGUCCCGCAGCCUCAGCCCCAGUUCCCGGGCUACCCAACCCAGCCUCAGCCCCAGUUCCCGGGCUACCCAGCCCAGCCUCAGCCCCAGGUUCCGCUAUCCCAGUUCCAUGGCUUCCCGUCCAAGACUUGGCCCCAGGUCCCGCAGCCCCAGUUUCCAGGCUUCCCGUCCAAGACGCAGACCCAGGUCCCGGGGUACCCGUCCAAGAUGCAGCCCCAGGUCGUGCAGCCUAUGCCUCAAAAGCCUCCCCACAAGCCUAGUGGCAAUUUUGUCUCUAGACUUCCUGCCAAGACCAAAGCCGCACCCAAUAUGGGGGAUCAACAGGGUGGGUUUCCAUAUCUGUAA